AUGUCUAGCCAAGAGACCUAUGAAUUCCAAGCUGAGAUCACUCAGUUGAUGAGUUUGAUCAUCAACACAGUGUACUCGAACAAGGAGAUCUUCUUGAGAGAGUUGAUCUCGAACGCGUCGGAUGCGUUGGACAAGAUCAGAUACCAGUCUCUAUCGGACCCCAAGGUGCUAGAGAGCGACCCAGAGCUGUUCAUCCGCUUGACGCCUAAGCCUGAGGAGAAGGUGUUGGAGAUCCGCGACUCCGGUAUCGGUAUGACCAAGGCGGAGUUGAUCAACAACUUGGGUACGAUCGCCAAGUCGGGUACGAAGGCGUUCAUGGAGGCAUUGUCUGCUGGCGCUGACGUGUCGAUGAUCGGUCAGUUCGGUGUCGGUUUCUACUCGCUAUUCUUGGUGGCCGACCGGGUGCAGGUAAUCUCGAAACACAACGACGACGAGCAGUACAUCUGGGAGUCCAACGCAGGUGGCUCGUUCACCGUUACGCUGGACGAGGUCAACGAGCGCAUCGGCAGAGGUACGAUUUUGCGUUUGUUCUUGAAGGAGGACCAGCUUGAGUACUUGGAGGAGAAGAGAAUCAAGGAGGUCGUCAAGAGACACUCGGAGUUUGUUGCCUACCCAAUUCAGCUUCUAGUGACCAAGGAGGUCGAGAAGGAGGUGCCAGUUGAGGAGGAGGAGAAGAAGGAGGAGACCGAAGACGACAAGAAGCCUAAGCUAGAAGAGGUUGACGAGGAAGAGGAGGACAAGGAGAAGUCCAAGACCAAGAAGGUCAAGGAGAACGUCAAGGAGUUGGAGGAGUUGAACAAGACCAAGCCUUUGUGGACCAGAAACCCAUCUGAGGUCACCCAGGAGGAGUACAACGCCUUCUACAAGUCCAUCUCCAACGACUGGGAGGACCCAUUGGCUGUCAAGCACUUCUCGGUCGAGGGUCAGCUAGAGUUCAGAGCCAUUUUGUUCAUUCCUAAGAGAGCUCCAUUUGACUUGUUCGAGUCCAAGAAGAAGAAGAACAACAUCAAGCUAUACGUCCGUCGUGUGUUCAUCACCGACGAGGCUGAGGAGUUGAUCCCAGAGUGGUUGUCCUUCGUCAAGGGUGUUGUCGACUCUGAGGACUUGCCAUUGAACUUGUCCAGAGAGAUGUUGCAGCAGAACAAGAUCAUGAAGGUCAUCAAGAAGAACAUCGUCAAGAAGUUGAUCGAGGCCUUCAACGAGAUCGCCGAGGACUCCGAGCAGUUCGAGAAGUUCUACUCCGCAUUUGCCAAGAACAUCAAGUUGGGUAUCCACGAGGACUCCCAGAACAGAGCUUCUUUGGCCAAGCUAUUGAGAUACAACUCCACCAAGUCUGUCGACGAGCAGACCUCUUUGGCUGACUACGUCACCAGAAUGCCAGAACACCAGAAGAAUGUUUACUUCAUCACCGGUGAGUCCAUCAAGGCUGUCGAGAAGUCUCCAUUCUUGGACGCCUUGAAGGCAAAGAACUUUGAAGUCUUGUUCUUGGUCGACCCAAUUGACGAGUACGCCUUCCAGCAAUUGAAGGAGUUCGAGGGUAAGCAGUUGGUUGACAUCACCAAGGACUUCGAGUUGGAGGAAUCCGAGGAGGAGAAGAAGCAGAGAGAGGAGGAGAUCAAGGAGUUCGAGCCUUUGACCGCCGCCUUGAAGGAGGUCUUGGGUGACCAGGUCGAGAAGGUUGUCGUUUCGUACAAGUUGAUUGACGCUCCAGCCGCUAUCAGAACUGGCCAGUUCGGCUGGUCCGCAAACAUGGAGAGAAUCAUGAAGGCUCAGGCCUUGAGAGACUCUACCAUGUCCUCCUACAUGGCCUCCAAGAAGAUCUUCGAGAUCUCUCCAAAGUCCGCCAUCAUCAAGGAGUUGAAGAAGAGAGUCGAGGACAACGGCGCCCAGGACAGAACCGUCAAGGACUUGACCAGCUUGUUGUACGAGACUGCGUUGCUAACCUCUGGUUUCACCUUGGAGGAGCCAGCCAGCUUCGCUACCAGAAUCAACCGGUUGAUCUCUUUGGGUCUAAACAUUGACGAGGAGGAGUCCACCGAGACUGCUGCCGAGACGGCUACUGAGGCCCCAGUUGAGGAGGUCGCUCCAGAGACUGCGAUGGAAGAGGUUGACUAA